UGGCCGACGACCUGGGGCUGACGAGCGGCGGCGAGGCCGACGAGCGUGAGGCCAUGGAGCCGCUGCGGGCCACCCACGCCCGCGCCCGGCGCCACCCGCCGCAGCCCACCGCCACGACCCAACACGACGACGGCGUCCGCGCGGCCGACGUUGUAGUCGACGACGACGAUGUCGACGACGCCGAAGAAGCGGAAGACGUGCUUCGCCACGAGGCCGUUGAUGACGUCGACAUCGACGAGCAAAAAGNUGACGACGAUGAACUGGGCGACGAGGAGGAGAAGGCGCUCGACAAGAUGAUGGCGGAGGCGGAGGCGGAGGAGGACCAGGACAUGGAGUGGCUGACGCGGGAGCUCGAGGCCGGGCGCACGGUGCACCCGCUCGAGUUCUCGCCGCUGUGGCGGGCCGCCUCCAAAAACCUGCCUCCGCGCCGCACGCGCGAGGAGUGGGAACGGCUGGGCGGCGAUGACGUCGAACCCGCCUUUGUCGGCACGUGUCACCCACCGCACACACCGCACACACCGCACGCACGCACACGCGCGGAGGCUAACAUGUGCCCUCCCCCCACAGGUAUUGAGCGGUCGGAGAGCGAGCUGGAGGGGGUGAGGUGA